CUUGAAGGUAGAUGCAAAAUGGGCUUCCUGUUUCACCACCACAGGAAGUGGCGGGUAGAGGCACCAAGGUACACAAGCAGCAGACAUUUCUGCCGUGCCUCACCGCUUCAGCAAGAGAGCCAUUAUGGAUAAAGAUUACGUUGGCUUCGCUACAUUGCCUACCCAGGUCCACAGGAAGACCGUGAAGAAGGGCUUUGACUUCACGCUGAUGGUAGCAGGAGAAUCUGGCCUGGGGAAAUCCACUCUCAUCAACAGCCUUUUCUUGACUGAUCUGUAUAAGGACCGAGUACUUCCAGAUGCACAAGCCAGGAUCUCCCAAACUCUGGAAAUUGUCAAGCAUGCCGUAGAUAUUGAGGAACAAGGAGUGAAAGUCAAGCUGACAGUGAUUGAUACUCCAGGACUUGGUGAUGCAAUAGACAACACAGAGUGCUGGAAACCAAUUGCCAAUUAUAUCGAUGGUCAGUUUGAACAGUAUUUUCGGGAUGAGAGCGGCCUCGACCGCAAGAAUAUUCAGGAUGGCCGUGUUCAUUGCUGCCUCUACGUCCUCUCACCUUUUGGACACGGGCUCCGCCCCCUGGAUAUAGAAUUCCUCCGAGCCAUCCAUGACAAAGUCAACAUUCUGCCUGUGAUUGGAAAAGCGGACUGCUUGACGCCGUCAGAGGUGCAGCACAAAAAAGAGAAGAUUCGGCAGGAGUUAGAAGCCAACAGCAUCUGCAUUUACGAAUUUCCUGACUGUGACUCCGAUGAAGACGAAGUGUUCAAAGCUCAGGAUGCUGAGAUGAAGAGAAGCAUCCCUUUUGCUGUCGUUGGAUCUAGCCACGUGGUCAGAGAGCUAAAGGGCAAAGUAUUUCGGGGGAGGCAGUAUGCGUGGGGAACCGUGGAAGUGGAGAACACCGCUCACUGCGACUUCCUUAAACUUAGGAACAUGCUGAUUCAAACUCACAUGCAAGACUUGAAGGAUGUGACCCAGGAGGUUCAUUAUGAAAAUUACCGCGCACAGUAUAUUCAGAGUCUCACCAGACCCGGGGCUCGGGAUCGCAGUAGUCGCGCGAAACUGUCCCGCCAGAGUGCCACCGACCUGCCUGUCCUGCCGAUGUCCGAGACAGAGAAGUUAAUUCGUGAGAAGGACGAGGAGCUCCGUCGGAUGCAGGAAAUGUUACGGCAAAUGCAGGAGCAGAUGCUACACAGCAAGGGAGAACAGUGUGACAGCUUGUGAAGGAGCCUCUUUUUCCAAGUCAGAGGAAUUCCCGAAGGAAGAAAACCCCUGGGUGAUCUUUGGGUCAGAGGAGCCCACCAGCUUUGGAAAAUGGCCAGGUUAGCUCUGGCUGAUGAACUGUGCAUUUGGAGAAGUUUGAAAAGGGAAUUCUUCCCUUCGUUUCCCUCUCCCUCUUUCAUACUCACCUCUUUGCCCAUUCACUAAGACCCUGAGCAUUUCUCACCUGCCAGCACAAUAGUGCUUUAAUAAUAACUCAAGAUGCUCCAAUAAAACACAAUGUUUGGAUCCAUGC